AUGAAGACCGCCUCCGUGGUCACGGUGUUUCUCUUGCCAGGGCGAGGCGGCGGACCCAGCCUGAAUGCUGACGGAGGGCAGAGGGCGCCCGAGCGGCCCCGGGGCCGCGGCUCCGGAUCCCGGCGCUCCUCGCCUUCGCGGGCCCGGCCCCUCCGUGGUUCCAUCGUUCCAUCCGGGAGGCUCCGUCUGUCCCCGGCGCGCUGCGGGAUCGGGAUCCACCGCCCUUCCACCUGCUCCGGCUCCGGCCCGCCCCACCUCCCCUGCCCGGAGCCGCGCGCUGCCGGCGCGAUGGUCUGCGGGGGCUUCACCUGCUCCAAGAAUUGCCUGUGCGCCCUCAACCUGCUCUACACGCUGGUUAGCCUGUUGCUGAUUGGAAUUGCAGCAUGGGGGAUAGGCUUUGGACUCAUUUCUAGUUUCCGUGUUGUUGGAGUGGCAAUCGCAGUGGGGAUCUUUCUCUUCCUGAUUGCUUUGGUUGGAUUGAUCGGUGCAGUGAAACACCAUCAGGUGUUACUCUUCUUUUAUAUGAUUAUUCUCUUGCUAGUGUUUGUUGUCCAGUUCUCCGUCUCCUGUGCUUGUUUGGCGUUGAACAAAGAACAGCAGAGUCAGCUUCUAGAGGUUGGAUGGAACAAUACAGAGGGUGCAAGAAAAGAUAUUGAAAGGAAUCUAAAUUGUUGUGGAUUCAGAACCUUCAAUCCAAAUGACACCUGCCUUUCUGAUUGUUUUGUAAGCCAUCAGUGUUUGUCAUGUGCACCAAUUAUAGAGGAAUAUUCAGGAAUGGUACUGAGAUUCGUAGGAGGCAUAGGUCUCUUCUUCAGUUUUACUGAGAUUUUGGGAGUCUGGCUGACCUACCGAUAUAGGAACCAAAAGGAUCCUCGUGCAAACCCUAGUGCAUUUCUUUGAAAGCUUUCCCAAGGACUAUUAUUUUUUCCUGUUUAAAAUAUGAAUUCUCCAUUAAUUGGCCGUCUUCCACAUUAAGGGUGCUCUAAGCCCCUGUAAAAGAACCUUCUGCAUGGAGAUAUUUGUGCCUGUCUUUUUUUUUUUUUGGUUUCCCAUCCUCACUUUCUAGGAUUCUCUUUCUUGAAAUAGUUUUGUCUAUUUUAUAGCCGAGCAGAAGCAGAACUCUCUUCUGAGCUGGUUAAUUAGCUCUACUAGAUCAUAGCAGUUGAUGAAGUUCACUGUAUUCAGUGCAUUUUAUAGCACUUGGGUGUAUUGCCUUAUUGGGUGUAAAAAAAAAAAAAAAAAAAAUCUAAUAUUGAUUUACAAAAAUCCAUGUGCUUUCUCAUUAAAGUGAUGAAUUGUGUGUUGAAUGCCUGGAACUAUGUGAUCCUGUUGGAAAGUAGGAUAAAUUGUAGUAAGCUUAUUUUUGUGUAUAAGAACUGCCUCCCACAUUGCUGUUUGGGUUGAAAUUAAUAUAGAGAACACCUGAAAUAAUUUAAAAGGUUGAUCAACUUAUUUCCUUUCCUUAGAUAAUGGAUAUAAACAAACAUGUUAACUGACUCCUGUUAACUGUUUUUUUCACAGCUUUAGCAUUGCUUUUAAAGAGAAGGAAAAUACAUUUUUUUUUCAUCUACAUCUCAGCAAAUGAGAGUAAUGAAUGAGGAAAAUCAGGAAAAUUUAGCCUAUGGAGCUUAAUUUUAAAUGUGUACAUUUUUUACUUUUUCUGGUAAAUGAAUGAGCUCUGGCACCAAAAAAGCACCAGAAUCAAUAAUGAUAUUUCAUCUCAUCAGUGUUACAAGUGCCCAAGAUGUUCUUAUAAAACUAUUUUUACAGUUAGUACAACAAUAACUUAGAAGUGUGAUACUAACGUUCAUCCUCGGACUUGCCUAUUUACCUUCACCCAGCAGUAUAUGAUGAAGUAUUGAUUUGAAAUGUGAUUGAUAUACUGUAAAAAUAUUGUGGUGUUUUCAGUAGUUUGUUUAAAAAUAAAUUAAAAAGUUUA